GCGCCGAGGUUGCUGUGGGGCUCAGGCUCGCCUAUCCCUUAGCAGCGCAAUCUCUGCAACCGCUGCGUUUAAAAGUUUCUGCGCUUUGGGUCAGGAGCGUUGGCUGCGCCGACCCUCCCGGAGGAGGGGUUUCUUACGUCUUAUCUUCCCCUCUACUCCACUCCAAGAUUUGCACUCCUUCCCUCCCGCUUUAUUUUGUUACUUGCUUCUGGGGUUCGGGUUGCAGAGGACCAGCGCUAUGCCCCGGAAGAGUAUAUUGGAGGUGAAGGUGCUGGACGUGCAGAAGCGGCGAAUUCCCAACAAACACUAUGUAUACAUUAUUAAAGUCACCUGGUCCAAUGGUGCCACUGAAGCAAUUUACCGACGGUACAGCAAGUUCUUUGACCUGCAGAUGCAAAUGUUGGACAAAUUCCCAAUGGAAGGAGGACAGAAGGACCCUAAGCAAAGAAUCAUACCCUUUCUGCCAGGCAAGAUCCUCUUCCGCCGAAGCCACAUCCGUGAUGUUGCUAUCAAGCGUCUUAUACCCAUUGAUGAGUACUGCAAGGCUCUGAUUCAGCUGCCACCAUAUAUCUCUCAGUGCGAUGAAGUUCUUCAGUUCUUUGAGACAAGACCAGAAGACUUAAAUCCCCCCAAAGAGGAACCAAUUGGAAAGAAGAGAUCUGGAUUUAUCCAGAGAACGGCUUCUUUCCUUCUGAGAGGUGGAGAUUUGGCAUCUGCGGAUCCCAUGUUCCUGGAGCAAUAUGUGGUGGUGGCAGAUUACCAGAAGCAAGAGAGCUCUGAGAUUAGCUUGUGUGCUGGCCAAGUGGUGGACAUAAUUGAGAAGAACGAAUCUGGCUGGUGGUUUGUGAGCACAUCAGAUGAACAAGGAUGGGUCCCAGCUACAUGCUUAGAAGUUCAGGAUGGAGCCCAGGAUGAAUUUUCAAUGCAACCUGAAGAAGAGGAGAAGUAUAUGGUCAUUUACCCCUACACUGCUCGGGACCAAGAUGAAAUGAACCUGGACAAAGGGGCUGUUGUGGAGGUGAUCCAGAAAAAUCUGGAAGGAUGGUGGAAGAUCAGGUAUCAGGGUCAGGAGGGCUGGGCCCCAGCGUCGUACCUGAAAAAGGGGAGUGGUGACAUGCUUGCUCCAAAACUGGGAUCUGCCACUUCCACCCACUCCUAUGCACUAGACCUGGAUGGAAUCUCCCGGCAGCAGAACUCGACGGGCCGAGACAAGGAUGGGCCGAACAACCAAAGAGAUGGAAGGUUUGAUGGUCGCCCAUUGCCAAAUGUGGAUCUUAGGCGAAAGUCACCAAAGAUGAGACAGAGACCCCCUCCUCGUCGAGAUCUCACAAUACCCCGUGGCCUCAACCUGCCUAAGCCUCCUGUGCCCCCGCAAGUGGAAGAGGAAUAUUACACUAUUGCUGACUUCCAGACUAUUAUCCCAGACGGCAUCAGCUUCCAAGCAGGAAUGAAAGUGGAGGUCAUUGAGAAGAACCUGAGUGGUUGGUGGUACAUCCAGAUAGAGGAGAAGGAAGGCUGGGCACCAGCUACUUUCAUUGACAAGUACAAGAAAACUAGCAAUGCAUCUAGACCUAACUUCUUGGCACCGCUGCCGAAUGAAAUGGCGCAGCUCCGGCUUGGCGACAGUAUGGCAGAGAGCAGCUCUAAUGGAGAAGCCUUUGGACCGUCCAGGCCUCUGCCUGAAGCACCACCCAAUGACAUAGACAGUGCAGGGAAAUGGAAAGCGAAGGAGGUUUCCAAGGGUGCCCUGCCAGAGAGCAGCGAUGCAUCUCUCUCCGUGGGGUACGAGGAGAUUUGUGAUCGGGAUGCCGAAGAGAAGCCAAGCCUCCCUCCGAGGAAGGAAUCCAUAAUUAAAUCCGAAGAGGAGUUGAUAGAAAGGCAGCGGUUGGAACAGAGGCCACCUCCGAAGCCUCCUGGCAUGAUUUUGCCUGCAAUUCCCCCCAAGCAGGCUGUCCCUCCAAGGGACAACAGGAAGCCAGAGCUCAAAACAGAGAAGGGGAAACUGUUCCAGCUGAAAAACGAAAUGGGGCUAGAGUGUGGCCACAAGGUGUCUCCCAAAGAGGUGAAGAAGCCGAACCUUCGGCCCACUGUUAAGCCUGCCAAGCCAAAAGUUGAGCCCCCGGAGGACAAGCCUGAGCUCGGGACCCCGAACCCUUUCCUGAAAUCCAAGCCUCAGGUCAGACCCAAGCCAGCAGCAGCCCCUAGGACAGAUCCCCCUCAGGGAGAUGACAAACUAGACAUUUGCAACCUGAGGAGCAAACUCAGGCCUGCAAAAGCGCAAGAGAAGCCUUCUGAUCAGGACCACACGGCUAGCGAGAGUGCCUUCAGUAACAAUGCACUUCCUGUGGAAUCUUCCGUCCGGUCUCAGGAAAGGUCAGCUGUGGAGAUGAGGCCUCCAUCCAGACCAGACAGCCAAGUCUUCAAGGAGGCUGCUUCAUCCAAAGUUCCUUUUGGCUCCGCAAAGCUGAGUGAGGCCGAUUCCAAGGGUAGCUUUCCAGCUUCCAGGGAGCCACCUCAGCGGCCCGUGGUACCACCCAGGAGGCCGCCGCCUCCCAAGAAAGCCUCCGCACCAUCGCCAGCAUCUUCGUUUGCCCCCUCUCCGGAAAACAAAGCUCCACAGAGGGAAGUGCCUGAACUGAGAGCUGCCUCUGUGCCUGGCAGGCCGAUGCUGGUUCCACCAAAAGCCAAAGGUUUCCUGCCAGCUCCGUGCCAAGAUGAUGCCAAAGCGAAAAGCGGCCUAGGCCCAAAGGGAAUCCCCAAGCCUGCGGAAAGGGAGAGAGGAUCCGUCCCCAUCACCAGUUCAGACGUCUCCAGAGAAGCCCUCUAUGUGGCUGUGGCAGAUUUUGAUGGCGAUGAAGAAACCAGCAGCUUUAAAGAAGGGACCUUGUUUGAAGUCCGAGAGAAGAACAGCAGCGGCUGGUGGUUCUGCAAGGUCCUUGCUGGAGCGCCAUGUUGGGAAGGCUGGAUUCCUUCCAAUUAUCUCAGAAAAAAGCCAUAGGCCCCUCCAUUUGUCUUCAGAUUAAGCAGCAGCUCAACAUUCCCCAUUUUAGUAUCAAAAUAUUUAAUUAGUUUAUUUAUAGUUUUUCAUAAGGCUGGCUCUAUUAUUAUUUUUUUAAGUAUCUGGGAUACCAUACAUUCCAACUUGUGUCAUUUCCAAGAAAGAAUAGCAAGAGAAACAGGCCUUCAUAUUAGUGUAGUUUUGCUACUGUUGCAAAUCUUGGCAGUUCAUUCCCUAAAUACUUUUUAAUAGGUUAAUUCACAGAGACACACACAAUUGAUCCCUUCCCCAGCCUCCAUGUGGUUUAGGUCCACCUGCCCUUCACAGGGCUGGCUGAUUAAAAAAAAGUGUUCUUUAAAAUGGUCUCUCAAGUUGUGGAACACACAGUAGCAAACCAAACGCCUGCGCACACGCACACACGAUAGAAUGUAAGAACCUGGGAGAUUAUUUGUUUUCAGCUUGGUAAGGAAAUGGAAGUGAGUCCCACUAACCAAUGAAUGGAAAUGAGAAAUUGAAAAGCCACUGUUUGUGUGGCGAUUUCCCUUGUUAAAUACUAUGUGCCACAUUUUGCUGUUAUUCAGAUGCUAAUAGGCCUCUGAAUAAGUAAUUUGAUGUUCUAGGAUAUGCCUAGGUGGAAAGGCCUGUCCAAAUAGCUGCUAAGAGAUUCUUUCUAGCCUUGUACCUUUUGCCCCAUAUUUGAGCAAUCCUUCUGCCACUGAAGGUCCCACAUUAAUGCCUCUUUUUAUGUCUGUUGUGCUGACCUCUUUGUAUAGGCUCCCCUCCCAGUAUUAAAGUCUCCUUUUAGUAAAUAAAGCAGAUAUUAUAUUAGGUUA